UAUCAGUCACAGAGGCUGAGGAAAUCUAAACUCAGCCAAAGGGAUAGCUCUAAAGUCAAACACAAUCCACUGCAUAAACAAAAAGGAAGCGUGGUGGGCACUGUGUAAAAAGAUGACUGCAAGAUCUACCUCUGCUCACAUAGAUGGAGAAGCUGUAGCAAAUGGACACAAAGGUUCCUCAAAUGGGACAGAUACUGGGAAACUGAAGGAUGAGAACGGCAGGAAGGUGGAACUGGGGAAGAAGGUGACCCUGCUCCGAGGUAUCUCCAUGAUUGUCGGGACCAUCAUCGGAGCCGGCAUCUUCAUCUCACCAAAGGGAAUCCUGAAGCACUCGGGCAGCGUGGGAAUGUCCCUGUUAGUGUGGAUUGCGUGCGGCUUGCUGUCCCUCUUUGGAGCCCUGUCCUACGCUGAACUGGGGACUUGUAUUCAGAAGUCUGGUGGCCAUUACACAUAUAUAAUGGAAGCAUUUGGACCUCAGAUGGCUUUUAUAAGACUAUGGGCUGAUCUCAUUGCUAUAAGGCCUGCAGCAAUGGCAGUCAUUUCCCUGGCCUUUGGUCAGCACAUCCUGGAACCUCUGUUCAUGCCAUGCAACAUCCCCCCCUUGGCUGUCAAACUGGUUACUGCCGUCGGCAUAACUUCUGCCAUGUACCUGAACAGCAUGAGUGUAACAUGGACAGCCAGGAUUCAAAUCUUCCUCACCGCUAGCAAGCUGCUGGCCAUUGCCAUCAUAAUAGUGCCAGGGAUGUACCAACUCUUUAAAGGAGAGACCAGACACUUUGAGAAUGCCUUCGAGCUGAGUAAAGUGCAGCUGUCUGGGAUGCCACUGGCUUUCUACUCUGGGAUGUACGCAUAUGCUGGGUGGUUCUACCUGAACUUUGUGACAGAGGAGGUGGAUAACCCUGCAAGGACUGUCCCAUUAGCGAUCUGUAUCUCCAUGGCAAUUGUGACUUCCUGCUAUGUGCUGACCAAUGUGGCAUAUUACACUGUGAUGUCAGCUGAGGAGCUCCUGGCCUCACCGGCUGUUGCUGUGACAUUUGCAGAAAGGCUUCUGGGGAACUUCUCGAUAGUCGUCCCAGUGUUUGUGGCCUUGUCCUGCUAUGGCUCCAUGAAUGGCUCCCUCUUUGCUCUGUCAAGAAUGUUCUACGUAGCUUCACGUGAAGGCCAGCUCCCUGAGGUUCUGUCCAUGAUCCAUGUCCGCAGACACACGCCACUGGCAGCCGUCCUCAUAAUGUACCCUAUGACCAUGCUCCAGCUGUUCGUGGGGGACAUCUACAGCCUGUUGAACUUCAUGAGCUUCCUGCGAUGGCUGUUCAUCGGUGUGGUGGUGCUGGGUUUAAUCUACCUCCGAUACACAAAGCCUGACCUCCCUCGCCCUUUUAAAGUCCCACUCUUAUUCCCAGUGGUGUUCUGCAUCACGUGUUUCUUCAUGGUCUUCCUGUCUCUGUACUCGGACCCCAUCAACACAGGAAUUGGAUUUGCCAUUUCCCUCACGGGCAUCCCAGCAUACUACAUCUUUAUUUACUUCAACCACAGACCAAAGUGGCUUCAGAGGACUUUAGAUUCCUUCAACCGAACCUUGCAGAUCAUCCUGGAGGUCGUUCCGGCGGACCAGUAACAGCACACAAAACUACAGAACCAGCACACUCAGAUGAACUCUGACUGAGAAAGGAAACACAUGCUGUGCCGUCUUUGAAUUGAACUAAAAAGGAUUGUGUUGGAAAUAUGGAAAAUAAUUUUAUUUUUUACUUGCCAUUCAUUUUUGGGAACAUUGUGAUUAUUUAUGUAAAAGGAGAGGACCUCUUGGCAUCCAGCACUGAUACGUACAACCUGUACAUAACACAUACAUGACACUGAUGUUUUUAAUUGACUAAUUAGUCCUUGAAUGCUAAACAAUCAUAUGAACGUUUCAUCAAAUGGUAUCUUUUCUUCAUACAGCUAACCCUACACUUGAACAUAGGAGCCCCACCCACCGGACCUCCUAACAUGUUGUUUAAUGAAGGGCAGCCAAUCAGAAGAAGCGGGGAGUCAGAGAGUGAGGAAAUGUCUUGUUUCAACAAAGGAUAAUGCACUAAGGCCUAGUGUAUAAUAAAUAAGGAUUGUUUUUAGCUGUUAAUCAUGUAUAGCUACUGCAGUCCAACCUCAUGGAGACAGAAAUGAGCAUCGUAGGUCCCCUUUAAACUCCAGGCAUUCGCAGAUGCAAAUGUGGUAUUUAGGUACCAAGUGACACUGAUCUGUAAUGAGUGAUUUUAUUAUAAAUGAGUUAUUAUUUGAAACAGCAUUACAAGGUGUGGAGCCAGAGUUUGUGAUCAUUCUCUGUGGAAUUUUUCAGUGUUUGACCUUCACGUAACUUAUAUGAUUUGAUCAUCAGUAUUGAUCAGUAUUGUUACCCUAUUAGAAAAGUUUAAUUACUUCAUCAACUUAAAUGUAAUGUAUGACAUUUAAUUAUGUUUUUAAAUGUAUAUUUUCAACUCAUAAAGCAGAAACCUCCUCUGUAGACUGU